AAGAACAGAGCAGGUAGAAACCCUAAUUUGAAGCUUCUGAACACUCUCUUCAAUUUAGGGGUUCAGUUCCAGAUCCAUCGCAAUCGGUUUGUAUCGAAGCUUCAUCUUCGUCUCCUUCUCAUCGAGCUUGCAGUCACACAGCUGUAUUCUGUUGAAUGGCGGAAGACAAUAACAGAAGAAACGGAGACGAUCGAAGCGAAACGAGUGAUUACACAUCUGAAGACGAAGGAACAGAGGAUUACAGACGCGGAGGUUAUCAUGCAGUUCGUAUUGGUGAUAAAUUCAAACAUUCUAGAUACGUUGUUCAGAGCAAGCUCGGUUGGGGCCAUUUUUCCACCGUUUGGCUCGCUUGGGACACACAGAAAUCGAGAUAUGUAGCUUUAAAAGUUCAAAAGAGUGCUCAACACUACACUGAGGCAGCAAUGGAUGAAAUUACUAUCUUAAAACAGAUAGCUGAGGGGGAUCCGGAUGACAAAAAAUGUGUGGUGAAGCUGUUGGAUCAUUUCAAACAUUCUGGACCAAACGGGCAGCACGUUUGUAUGGUUUUUGAGUAUUUGGGUGAUAAUCUGUUGACGUUAAUAAAGUAUUCGAAUUACCGAGGGAUUCCUCUUCACAAGGUCAAAGAGAUCUGCUUGCACGUUUUAGGAGGUUUGGAUUACUUGCAUCGUCAGCUUUCUAUCAUUCACACGGAUCUUAAGCCGGAAAAUAUUCUACUUCUGUCCAUGAUUGAUCCAGAAAGAGAUAGAACAAAAACAGGUGCACCCGUUAUUCUCUCAUCAAGCAAAUGUAACAAUUUGACUGAAUCUGGUUCUUCUAAAGAAGUCAAGACUUCGAAUGGCGAUCUUACCAAGAAUCAGAAAAAGAAAAUUAAAAAAAAGGCCAAAAAGGCUGCUGCCCAAAAUGGUUCGGGCAAGGAAGGCGUUGAGGAGGUUGAAGCAGAUAACGAGACAACUGGUUCUGGUGCUGAUUCUUGUGUUAAUCAGACAUCAAACGGGGACUCUCUUGAAGAACGUGCCUCAUCAUCAGUCGUAAAAGCUGAUUCCCGUCAAGGAAAUCAGCUUCGGGGAAGAGGCAGCCGCUCAACAAGGCAGCGGCUAUUAGCAGAGGUUGAUGUAAAAUGUAAGCUGGUUGAUUUUGGUAAUGCGUGUUGGACGUAUAAGCAAUUUACUAGUGAUAUCCAAACUAGACAAUACAGGUGUCCCGAGGUUUUACUAGGGUCCAAAUACUCGACCUCUGCUGAUUUAUGGUCAUUUGCUUGCAUAUGCUUUGAGCUGGCAACCGGUGAUGUUCUCUUUGAUCCUCACAGUGGUGACAACUAUGACAGAGAUGAGGAUCACUUGGCCCUAAUGAUGGAACUUCUUGGAAUGAUGCCUCGUAAGAUAGCUUUAGGUGGGCGUUACUCUCGUGAAUUGUUUAACAGACAUGGCGAUUUAAGGCAUAUCCGUCGAUUGCGUUUUUGGCCUCUGCAUAAAGUGCUAAAAGAGAAAUACGAGUUUAGUGAACAAGAUGCAAAGGAUUUGGCUGAUUUUCUUGUUCCAAUACUUGAUUUUGUCCCUGAGAAAAGGCCUACAGCUGCGGAAUGUCUUAAUCACCCAUGGUUGACCGGGGGUCCACCUCGGGGUUUGACUUCUGAUGCUCCUGAAGGCAGUGAUAAUAAGACUUGUGAGAAAAGCAGAGAGAAAGAUGAGAGGGAAGCUAUGGAGGCUGGAGUGGGAAACAUUGCUAUUGGGGGUGUUUCAAAGCCAUCAACAAAACAAUCUAGCUGAGUUCCAUAGUGAUGAAGUGCCAUUUUUGACCGUGGGCUUGUUGCAAUAGGGGUAUUCGGCCAGUUUUCUUCAAGUCUGCAUGCAUAUUCUUUGUAUAAUUUUCAAAGUUUAUGUUGUGGAAGAUUUAUGUAUUGGCCAUUCCAUUACCUUUGUAGACGGCCGAUAAUCCCAAUUGUACAUUGUGUUGUGUCUGUUACUUUUUAUGAAAUAUUUUUUUUAUCUUGCUACCCAACAAUUAAGAAAAGGCAUGUUAUGUAUGUUAUGGAUUUAUUUGUUAAGUCUUGCAAGUUUGCUGGAUUUUUUU